AUCAUAUUGAUUAUCUCAAACUCGUUAGUCGCCCAUUUUCUGCUGUUUGGCAUUAAUUUUUGGAUUAUUGUUGUUUUUCUGAUGAUUGUUAACAGAUAAAUCAAUCGAAAUAUGGUUCAAUUUAAGGAAAAUUUUUGGGGGCAAAAGCAUAAUGGAUUUAAUAUUUUAUAUUCAAACAUGAAACAUGGACACACAGCGUGCAAAGAAUUUGAGGAUUUUCUCAAGGAAAGUUGUACAGCAGAAGAAUCCUACAAGAAACGCCUAAACCAGCUUGUUUGUAAAAUUGCUGUUAAUUUCAAUACUGGAACUUUUCAACCGUAUUGGGUUCAUAUCAAAGACUAUAUAGAGAGUGUAGCACGGCUUCAUCAAGAGUUAGCUUCCGGUUGGCAAGAAAUAAUCAAAGAUGUUCACAAAUACGCUGGUAAUGAAAUAUUAAAAUCUAUAAUAUUUUAUAAAUUAUUAAGGCUACAUUUUUUUUAUAGAUGAUUUACACAAAAAGCACAAACAAGUUAAGGAUCAAGAGUCAAAAACUUCGGAUUCCGUGAACGCAUUGCAACAAAUAACAAAUUCACUGCAAAAAGCUAAAGAACAAUAUCAUGCCAGAACAUUAGAAUUAGAAAAAUUAAAAGUUAAUUCACAAACAAAACCAAACGACCUUGAGAAGGCAGAAGCCAAGCACAAGAAGUGUAUGGACGAAUAUACAAUUUUAGUUGAAAAAUUUUCAACGGUUAAAAAAGAGUUUGAAAGAAAUAUGGAAGAAUCUGCAAAUAGAUUCCAACAAUUAGAAGAAACUCAUCUAAAAAGUAUGGGUGAAUUCCUACAGAAAUAUUCCGAAGGUUGGAGCAGGCACUACGAUAAGCUUAAAAAGACUCACGACGAAUUCGAUGACAAAUGCUCCAGCUUAUCUAUUGAAGCUUUGCUUGAUAUGUUUGUAACUACAAAAAAAACCGGUACGGAUCGUCCGUCAGACGUGACAUUUGAACAGCCCGAUUUAAGUGGCAUCUCUGCUAUGGAAUCUUCGACUGAAUCCGAUAGGCCAGAAAGACCAAAGAGUACAACAUUCCUAGAUUUAGUUCCUGCUUUUGGACGUAGAAGGAAAAAGAAAGCUGAGGAGAAAGAUAAUAAUUCCCUAGCGCAAACUCAGGUUGAUGAAGAAGGCUUCACUGUUCGCCCAGAUGAGGGAGAGGAGAAGAAAGAAGAUUUAAAUUCUUGGUGGAGUUCUGGUGAAGAAUCGGACGAAGAAGAAACGAAAACUUCUAAAAAGCCAUUUAAAGUUGAAAUAAAACCAGCAAAUAUUAAUGGAUCCGGUGGAACAGAGAGUGUGACGUCUAUGGAAGACCUGAAAAGAAGUGUCGUUCAAUUGAAAAAUUUAGCUCCUCCACCCUCCAGGCGACCGGAUAGAAUGACUCCAACACCUAAUAUAUUUGACUCGCAAAAUCAAUCGGACGAAUGGGGUCAUAGAAAAAUGACCUCUAUUUCAUCAUCACCUCAUUUACAAAUUCCAGUAGCAUUUGCAAUUACGGAAACAGUGAACGCACUUUUCGAUGCAGAUUGCUAUCAACCUUCAAAAAUUCGAAUAGAUGGCCAAAUAACAGUUUGCUUACCUCGAUCAGUAGCCGAAAAAUUAAUAUCGGAUUCACAUCCUCUAAUAUUUAACCUGCAGAAUGCUACUAGUGUUCAGAAGAUCGAUGUAGAUAAUAAUUUGAUCAGCAUCGAUUUAUUCAAAGAGAAGACCUAUUCAUUUAAAAUGUCUGCAUUGUGUAAUUAUGUAAAAGGCAAAUUGGUUGAAAAUAAUGUAAAUUAUAUAAAUAUCGAUGUGUUAAAAUACGAAGUCGAAAGUAUGAGAGCUCCUUUUCUAAUCAGAUCGGUAUUCAACAAAGCAGACGGUUAUGUUGAUGUAGUAAUCGAAGUUACUUCAAACGUUUCAAAUGCGUUAAAAUGUUCAGGUGACGUAAAGCUCAGAUUGGCUUUAUGUAUAAGCGGCUCUCAAAUUGUCGGAGUCGAAUCAAAGCCAGCCUACAUGACAACCGAUAAUGCAAAAGUUGUUUGGAAUUUAGAGUAUAACGAAAAGUGUUUUGUUGAAGCAAAAAUAAAAGUAGAAGAUAAUCUAUACGAGAAUAACGAAGUUUGUAAGUGUCGCACUGCCCUACAGUUUCAUUGUGAUGGAGCCAGUGUAUCUGGAAGUAGUAUAAACAUUCAAGGAGAAGAUUUUAAGUUGGCUAAGAUGGUGAAUCGGGUUUCAAGCGGAAAAUACGCUAGCGAUGCUGUUGAACCAUCGAUACCCGAAGGUUAUCAGUAGGAAUUUCUCCGAAAAAUAUUUGAUUAACUGCACAUUUUAUUUUUUUUCCAAUAACUUUUCCGUUUCAGCAGUGCAAUAACAUAGGAUUCUCAACAAUGGUAGUCUGCUAUGUAUCAAUUUACUUAAAUGACAGUUAUUUUUUCCCCUCUUAUUUAUAUGUCAAAUAGUUUAUCAAAUAUUUACAGCAAAUACUUUAUUCUUUUUUUUUUUUUUUGCAUGAAAGUUAAGAGAAACGAAUUUUCAUUAUUUUUUAUAAAAAACAAAAUACUAAAAAACCUUAGAAGAAGAAAAAGAGAAUAGAAAAAUAAUUACAUUUUUUUUCUUUUUAAACAAACAAAACUAAACAAAAAUUUUGAACAAAAGAAAAGAAAUUAAAAGAUAAAGUUAUUAUAUUUUGAUUAUUAUUACUAUUAUUAAUUUUCAUUCUUUUUUAAUAUUGUUUCUAUGUUUAUAAUUAAAAAAAAUCAUUUUUUAAAUACUUCACUAUUAUAAUUAUGGAAAAGUGAGCAGAAGGAGUAGUAGUAGAAGAAGAAGAAGAAAAAGAACACUGUAUGAUUAAAAUUAUAUUGAGAAUUAUGACAGGAAAAGAAGUAAAAUAUUACAAAAACCUAAUAUAUACAGUAUAUAUAAAUAUGUAUAUAUACAAGAUAUCUAUAUAAUUUUCAUUAUGUUGCAUAGUUUACAAUCUUUUAAACCCUUCUUCAAUACUUUUUUUUUUUUGUAUUUUGUUCCUGUUUUUGUUUUUUUGUUUUUCUUUUAAUGUUGACACCUGCCAUCAAUUCAUUUUGGAUACUUUCGUUACUAUGUUAAUUUAAUUUAAAGAAGGUGCUUCUAUUUUAUCCUAGAUAUACAGUUAUAUAUUUGACUAUAAUUGUAUAGAUAAACUUCUAUUCACUACUUAGAUUUUUUUAUGAUUUAUUCACAUGCAAUACCUUUUUAAUACUUUUCUGUUAGGAUGAACUGUUAUUUGUGCCAUUUUCAUGUUAGCCUAUUUAUAUGAUGAUAAUAAUGAUGAUGGUAAUGAUGACAAUCACAAUGAUGAUGAUUAAUUUAUCUAAAGUUAGAUUUUAUCUUGAAAAGAAUGAAGAAAAAACAGAAAGGUGAUCACUUAAAAUUGAAUAUUUCUUUUUUUAUAUAUAAAACACUCAAAAAAAAUUUAUUAACCGAUAUAGAAAACUAAAUCUAUA